AUGCACCUGGUUUGUCUGCUUUACGUUGUUUAUAUACAAAGUUGGUUUGCGUAACGUUAACGCGGACGGGGAAACGAGCACGACAGACACCGGAGUGAGUUCCGACUGGACCGGAGAGCCUGUACCUGUGGGGAACGUCCGCGAUCACACAUCGAUAUCUGGCAUCUACUCUUAAUGUCUAGAUCACUCUUGAUACCUUAACUAACUUCCGCUAGGCAGCUAGCGUUAGCUAACGUUACUUGUUAGCUUGUUAUAUAUCUUCCUAAAUAGCUGAAUAUAUUAUUUAGUGUGUGAUUUGUUUACUAGGUCUAAAGUUGAAACUCUCAAUGAGUUAUUCAUUUGGCAAACCAGCGUUAUUACAAAUAAGCUAAAUAAGCUUUAGUUAGCUACAUUAGCCUUAGCUGACCGUUUGUAGUCCGAGCGGCCUUAUGAUGAUAAUGUCGUGUUUUCACCAUGAAUGAGUCAUUAUUAUGACGAGCUGUGCUCUCCUGGUGACAGGUUAAACGGGUUAACAGAGAAACUGAUCAGAAGUACAACCGGACACGAGGUUUGACAGGUUCAUGAGCUGAAGACAGAACGGCUCCACGGGGCCCUUAAGCCCCCUUUGGUGAGAGGAAACCCCUCAGAUACCCCCGUGUUUACAAUACUGCGUGUUAAAACAUAUUGUUCACCUUUCACAUUGAACAAGGACACGUGACAGGAGGCCACAUGUACGUGUUCAUGAACCCAGUGUUCCCCUGACCAGGGUUGCCAGGUCUGUGACAAAACCAGCCCAAAAACCAGCCCAAUGGCCAAUCAUGACUCCUUCAUGAAGCCCCCUGAGAGAGGAAAGUGACCCACGGGGGGGGGGGGGGGGGGGGGCGUGCUGAUCUGGAGUCAGUUUGUUAGGAUUUGGGUAUAAAUAAAUUAUUUCAUUUAAAAUAUGGAUUUUUAUUUAAAGAUAUUCAUGUAAUUUGCAUGCAAAAUAGGUCUACCCGAACCAGCGGACAAGAAUUCAACCAGCGGCAACACUUCAAAAGUAGCCCAAUUCCGCGGGAAAACCGCAGACCUGGCAACAAUUCCCCUGACGCCCAUAGACACACACACACACACACACACACACACACAUCAGUGUUCAUGUGUUAAUGAACCCAGUGUUCCCCUGACGCCCAUAGACACACACACACACACACACACACACACAUCAGUGUUCAUGUGUUAAUGAACCGUGUUCCCCUGACGCCCAUAGACACACACACACACACACACACACACACACACACACACAUCAGUGUUCAUGUGUUAAUGAACCCAGUGUUCCUCUGACGCCCAUAGACACACACACACACACACACACACACAUCAGUGUUCAUGUGUUCAUGAACCCAGUGUUCCUCUGACGCCCAUAGACACACACACACACAUCAGUGUUCAUGUGUUCAUGAACCGUGUUCCCCAGAUGCCCAUAGACACACACACACACACACACAUCAGUGUUCAUGUGUUAAUGAACCCAGUGUUCCUCUGACGCCCAUAGACACACACACACACACACACACACACACACACAUCAGUGUUCAUGUGUUCAUGAACCGUGUUCCCCAGACGCCCAUAGACACACACACACACACACACACACAUCAGUGUUCAUGUGUUAAUGAACCCAGUGUUCCCCUGACGCCCAUAGAGACACACACACACACACACACACACAUCAGUGUUCAUGUGUUCAUGAACCGUGUUCCCCAGACGCCCGUAGACACACACACACACACCAGUGUUAAUGAACCGUGUUCCCCUGACGCCCAUAGACACACACACACACACACACACAUCAGUGUUCAUGUGUUCAUGAACCGUGUUCCCCUGACGCCCAUAGACACACACACACACACACACACACACAUCAGUGUUCAUGUGUUAAUGAACCGUGUUCCCCAGACGCCCAUAGACACACACACACACACACACACACACACAUCAGUGUUCAUGUGUUCAUGAACCCAGUGUUCCUCUGACGCCCAUAGAGACACACACACACACACACACACACAUCAGUGUUCAUGUGUUCAUGAACCGUGUUCCCCAGACGCCCGUAGACACACACACACACACACACACAUCAGUGUUCUUCAUGUGUUCCCUCGGGGUGACCGCAGUGGACGGGCAGCAGCACUCAAACCUCAGAGAGGCUCAUCGGUCAACAGGUGGAUCACCUGGAGGGACGUUCACAUGUCCGACAACAUCCGCUUGCAAACACAACUCUUGAAGUAUAAUCUCACUUAUCCAGUCGUACGCUCACUUUUCAUAACUCAAAUCAAAUAUUUAUAUUUUUCAAUAUAUUUACCGGAAGGAAACCAACGUAACAUAAUCACAACUCAUCGAGCAUUUCACAUGUUCAGGUCGUAAGGCUCACAAAUAUUAACCCAACUCCGUCGUUACAAUUCAGUUUUUUAAAUUUAAAUUUGAGAACAAAUCAGAACAACAUCAUAUGUCACAGUGAAAGUUGAUUAUUUCAUGCAUCUCUCUUCUGGAAAGCACUAUUUUUGGUAUUAUGACCACCAACAUUUUUCACAUUCAAAUUAUUCCAGUGCAACUUUGUUGAAUAUAAAUUAAUGAGUCACGGUGACAGUCAACUACUCUUUCAAAUAUAAGACGCGUGAACACGAUAUAACUUCAUACACCGUUUGUCCUUUCCCCGCCUCACACACGUGUCUGUGGACUGUUGAUGCCCUCAAGCGUCGUUUACUCCGAUGCUGUCGGCUCUGUUUCGGUUGCUUUGCAUCGUAGAGACGCGUCAGGAUGUUCUUAUUGAAGGUGCCUCAUGUGUGCAAGAGUUUCUUUGGAGAGUCCAUAGAUUAAGACAGCGGCAGGAGACAAUCUGGGGUUCUGUGUCUUGCUCAAAGACACAUCGGCAGAGACUAGCAGAGCUGGGGAUCGAACCGCCGCCCCUCUUCCUCUGACUGACGGCGACGCUGAUCAUCUCGAUGUCGUAGGAGCGCAGCGUUGCGUCACAUUUCUUAGAUCAUGGAAAGUUUUCCUUUUUGGUUUGGAGUCCGAAUGGUUGCAGACAUGAACACAUUCAUAACGUACCACAGUCGGCACAAUAAACCCAACCUGUGUUUUCCAAGGAGUCUAAAAGCUGUGAAAACAAUUCAUCCGACCAGCUGCAGUGAUGUGAACAUGCAGCUCACUCUGACCCUCGAUAUGAACGUCUCCGAGAUCGGGGUCACACGGGGUUACACUCUCAGGAAUUCAUAAACACAGCAACGUUUUCAUCUUUAAUAUUUGAUGUAUAUGAUUUAUUUGACCCCAGUUGUCUCGUGCUGGUUUGGGACGACCAUGCGCCGGGCCUAGACGGAUCCUUACCCGGCCUACGCAUCAGGUAACUAUGGAUUUAUAAAGCAUUUAAAAAGUCAAAUGUGUUUGUCUGAGAGUUCACUCUAAGGACUAAUUUCUUCUUCUUUUAAAAUGUUAUUUAUUUCUAGACAUUUAUGGAGACACCCGGUGAAUAAGAGUCUUUUGUAACGGAGUUUAUAACGGUGGCGUAACUUCUCUAAUCGAAGGCGGACUCAGGUGACCCGUGUGCUUCUUGAUACCUGGCGGUGAUUGUAAACCUUUGUGCUCAUGAGCAGACGCCGUGGGGGUCAAAGUGUCCCUGACCUUGUGACCCUGAGAUGACCUCUCAGCAGCCUCAGCUCCCCAAUGUUCUGCCCCCCCAGCUGGCCUCCUCCGCCCAGCAGGCCCGGCCUCACAUCCAGGCCAACCAGCUGGACUCCGGCCACAGCGGCCUGGACCACCGGGCGCCGACGGCUCGGCCCGGCUGCUCGGGCGCGGCGGCGGCCGGCGGAGAAGUGGCGAGCAGGACGGUCCCCGCCUCCUGCCCCAACCCCCGCCUGUCCAAAAGAGACGGCGGCUUCGAGCCGUGGCCCGAGGAGGCGGUGGACAACUCCCACGGGCUGUACUCGCUGCACCGCAUGUUCGACAUCGUCGGCGCCCAGCUGACCCACCGCGACGUCCGGGUUCUGUCCUUCCUGUUCGUCGACGUCAUCGACGAGUACGAGCGCGGCGGCAUCCGGAGCGGCCGCGACUUCCUGCUCGCCCUGGAGCGCCAAGGCCGCUGCGACGAGACCAACUUCAGACACGUCCUGCAGCUACUGAGGAUCAUCACGCGCCACGACCUGCUGCCCUACGUCACGCUCAGGAAGCGGCAGGCCGUCUGUCCCGACCCGGUGGACAAGUACCUGGAGGACACGUCGGUGCGCUACAUCUCCCCGAGAGGAGCGGCGCAGAGCAAAGACACGCCUCACAGGAGGACAGGGCCUCAGCCGGUCCUGUGCUGCUCCCCAUCAGGACCCCAUGUCGGACCCCCCCGGACAAAACCAGCCCCCCUGGUUCAGAGCCGUAAACGGAGGAGUCACAACUCGGCCGACUGCCGGGAGAAGCAGACGUGUGACAUCCGCCUCCGGGUCCGGGCCGAGUACUGCCAGCACGAGUCUGCGUUGCUAGGCAACGUGUUCUCCAACAAGCAGGAGGCGGUGGAGCGGCAGUUUGAGCGCUUCAACCAGGCCAACACCAUCCUGAAGUCGCGGGACCUGGGCUCCAUCAUCUGCGACAUCAAGUUCUCCGAGCUCACCUACCUGGACGCCUUCUGGAGGGACUACAUCAACGGCUCGCUGCUGGAGGCCCUGAAGGGCGUGUUCAUCACGGACUCCCUGAAGCAGGCCGUGGGCCACGAGGCCAUCAAGCUGCUGGUCAACGUGGACGAGGAGGACUACCAGGCGGGCCGCCGCAAGCUGCUGCGCAACCUGGUGGCCCCGCCCCCGGGGGCCGCCAAGGACCGCCUCUCCUAGACCGAGAGGAACUAGAGGACUUGUACCUGGACGGCUGAGGUCAAAGGUCACGGACCUGGCAGGAGGCGUCGCCCCGUGUUGUCUCUGGUGUAGUUGUGACCUCCUGGAGGAGUCUCACCGGACGCUUCAGGUGCACGACGGUGAGGAAGGACCUGAGGCCUUUACACACCCGGAUCAACAACAACAACAACAACAGAAUCCUUUACUCACAGCCAGCGGAAUCGCCUGUGUCAUAAAUAAAGUACGUUGCUUUCUUGAUGCUUACUAUUUGUUUUCGGUUAUGAAAAACUACAUUUCACACGUCAACAACAACAACCCUGUGGUGAGUGAGGCCUUCAGGCUGCAGUGUCUGUUGUGUGUCUGUUGUUCUCAAUGAGUCCACACUCGUCUGUAGAGAUGAACGUCUUUAUUAUUUUAUUAUUAUUGGCUCACUGUGACGUCGUUGUGUUGGUACCAGCAGCUGGUCACAUGACCUCAUGGUCACAUGACCUCAUGUCACUGUUGUGUUUUAAUGUGUUCAGUGAAACAUUUAAAAUUGGUUUGGAUUUAUAAACGAUGAGUUUAAUUGUUUUGUUGUCCUCCUCUCCUCCCUCUUGUCUCCUCUAUCUCGUCUCCUCUAUCUCAUCUCGUCUUGUCUCCUUUCUCUCGUCUCCUCUAUCUCAUCUCCUCUCUCGUCUCCUCUCUCUCAGCAGUGUCUGUAAAAGCAUAAUAAUCAUGUUAAUGUCUCCACAGACCAGAUCGGGUUUGUUUUAUUCUCCUCCGGUUCUGUAACAGAACAAAGUCUCGCUGUGCGUCCGUACAGACGGACGUCUCCCGUCACCACGCCGACAGGGGAGUGUUACAUACCCACCGUCCACCUGAGGAGGGACUGACACGUUACUAAUAACACACAAAGAAAUACACAAAGUGACCACUUUAUUAGGCACACCUUCCUGGUGUAAGCGUGUUGUUGGCGUGUUGUCACAGCUGCACACGUUGACAUAAAACUACAUGAAUGAGUCUUUAUGGUUCUGUAAUCAUAAUCUGAGCUGGACGUUGUUGAGCUUUCAUCACUUCAAAAAGGUCCCGCCAGGUCUGCAGUUAUCACGUUAUUAAUGUCUUAUAUCAUUUGUAUUCAAAGCAUUUGUCAAAAUGUUUUAAUUGGAUUGAGAAUCACUUGUUAUGAUUCAUAUUCAGUGGAUUAUGAAACCGAAGCUGCGUCGCCGUGAGCCUCCAGCUGGUUUCAUGAGGGACUGACAGCCUCACGGAGCUGCAGGACCCUGUGCGUCACGUGAUGUGUGGCAGUCCAAUGUGUGCGCACUACCCGGGUCGACAGCUAGGGGGCGCCGUCGUCCAUGUUCAAAAUCUCCAGAUUGUGUUGAACAGAUGUUUUUAUGAGACACUUUAAAUACUAUUAAAGUACCAGACUGUU